UAAUAUACCCAAGGAUUCAAACAACAGAAAAGCAUUAGUGUUCUUGUUAAAACUAUUUACUGUAACAUUUAAAAGACUGUGUUCCAAGAAGAGGAUAGAAUUUAAUAUAUUGUUUUUGUCUAAUUUUCAAAAGAGAAUUUGAUAUGUGUUUUGUAGAAUAACUUUUUUUCUUGCAAUUUGAGUGAAUCAGGAUGGAUUUGCCUCCUGAUCAGAAUUACUGUGUUGCUCGACCAGUUUAUUCCAAACCUUCAUUUGAAGAGGACAAUGAAACAAAGGCAAGGGUUCCUAAAACCGUUCGGGAAAGAUUAAAAAAAUCAUGCAGCUGUUCAGCCAAAAGAGCCAAGGACAUAACAAAAGGUUUGCUGCCCAUUUUAGACUGGCUACCAAAAUACAAAAUAAAGGAAUGGCUGCUGAAAGACAUCAUCUCAGGAAUCAGUACUGGACUUGUAGCUACUUUACAGGGUUUGGCCUAUGCAUUGCUGGCUUCAGUCCCGCCUAUAUAUGGUCUUUAUGCAGCCUUCUUCCAGUUUCUGACAUAUUUUUUCAUGGGAACUUCGAGACAUAUUUCUAUUGGGCCGUUUCCUGUGACUAGUCUGAUGCUUGGAUCAAUAGUCCUGGCCAUGGCUCCUGAAGAGAAUUUCAAGAUUAAGAGGAACAGCACAGGGCUUAAUGGAACAGCAGUGGAUAUUGCAGCCAUGAAUGAAUAUAGAGUUCUAGUGUCCAACACUGCGACAGUUCUCAUGGGAAUUCUUCUGCUGAUCAUGGGAAUACUUCAGAUUGGUUUUUUGGUGCGGUACCUUUCAGAUCCAUUGGUUGGAGGAUUCACCACCGCAGCUGCCUUCCACGUGGUUGUCUCUCAAGUCAAAUUGGUGUUGGCUGUGCCAACAAAGAACUACAAUGGAGUUCUAUCUGUUAUAUAUACAAUCAUAGACAUAUUUAGAAACAUUGGUAAAACCAACAUUGCAGAUCUGAUUGCUGGAUUGCUGACUAUUAUCAUUGUGAUGUCAGUAAAGGAAGUCAAUGAUCGAUUCAAACAUAAGAUUCCAGUUCCUAUUCCCAUUGAACUGUUUGUGACUAUUGUAGCUACAGGGAUCUCAUAUGGUGUGGAUCUUGAGACAAAAUACCAUGCCUCCAUUGUCAAGGACAUCCCAAAAGGGUUUUUACCCCCUCAACCUCCGGAUGUAUCAAUGUUUGCUGACAUAAUAGGCUCGUGUUUCUCUACAGCUGUAGUGGGGUAUGCUGUAGCUGUUUCAGUGGCAAAGGUGUAUUCUAUAAAACAUAACUAUCAAAUUGAUGGCAAUCAGGAGCUUGUUUCCUUUGGUGUCAGCAACAUAUUUGGAGGAUCUUUCUCUGGCUUUUUUGGCUGCACAGCAUUGUCACGAUCUGCUGUCCAGGAGAGCACUGGUGGACAGACUCAGAUUGCUGGGUUUCUCUCUGCCUUGAUAGUAUUUAUUGUAAUUGUCGCUCUGGGGAACCUGUUGGAGCCUCUGCAGAAGUCUGUACUGGCAGCCAUAGUCAUUGCCAACCUCAAAGGAAUGUUCAUGCAGGUCCUUGACGUUCCGCGCCUCUGGAGGCAGAACAAGACUGACUCUAUUAUUUGGGUCGUGACGUGUGCUGCAUCCAUAAUUCUGGGCCUUGAUCUCGGGCUGUUGGCAGGUCUUGUCUUUGAGCUGGCCACAGUUGUGAUCAGAACACAGUUCCCCACAUGUGCUGCCCUUGGGAACGUUCCAGGAACUGACAUUUACAAGAAUAUAAAGGACUACAAGAAUAUUGAUGAACUAUCUGGUAUUAAGAUCUUCAGAUGCAGUGCACCAAUCUACUUUGCCAACAUGGAUUUUUUUAAAGAUCGUCUGAAAGCAAUUGUGGGAUUUGAUGCAGUCAGAGUGUUUAGAAAGAGGAAUAAAGCACUGAAGAUGAUUCAGAAGCUUAUCAAAAAGGGGAAGUUAAGAUCCACAAAGAAUGGCGUGCUGACAGAUCUGGGUGUGGAUAACAAAGCUUUUGAAAGUGAUCCAGAGCAGGAUCCUGAGGAGGCAGAAGAUGUUGAUGUGCCCACGAAGGAGGUGGAAAUCCAAGUGGACUGGAACACUGACCUUCCACUGAAAGUGAUCGUGCCCAAAGUUACCAUUCACAGCCUCAUCAUUGAUUUUGGUGCAGUCUCCUUCCUUGAUGUGGUAUCAGUCAAGGGCUUGAAAUUGAUUGUGAAAGAAUUCAUGCGGAUAGAUGUAAAUGUAUACAUAGCAGGAUAUGAUGAUGAAAUUAUCCAGAAAAUGGAAGUAUGUGGCUUUUUUGAUGACACCGUGAAGAAAGACAUUCUGUUCCUGACUAUUCAUGACGCUGUGCUCUUCAUUCGGAUGAAAGCUUCGUAUGGCAACGUCGAAGAUCCAAUAUUUGAGAAGAUUUCUCUGAUGAAGGAGUCCAAAGAACCUCUUUCAUUUCCUGAAACUGAUGAAUUAGAGGAUCAUCAAGGGGCUAUCUAUAAACUGGCUUCCUAAACUCAUGACGUUGUUUUAUUUGGAAAAUAUAUGGGAAGAAGCAUUCUGACAUCUUCAAAAACUCGGAUCACACUAAGAAGCCCCAAAAAUGACUCCUUCCUGAAAGUUGUUUUAAAAUGAAACUGUGUUUUAGACUUAUAUUAAGAUAAUCCGGCUGUCAUUCACUCACAGUCAUCACAGGAUUUGCUUUCUUCAAUAUUUUCCUAAGCAUACCAUACAUAAUGUCCCGAUGAAGGAUUAAUACACAACAAAUGGUAUGAUCACUAAGGGUCUGCAUUUAUAUAGACUUAUAUAGACUAGUUUAGUAGGUGUUUUAAGAGAAGUUUAUGCUCAACAUAAAACCAAUUAUAUAUAUAUUCUGUUUUACUCAUUUUAAAUUACUAGUUCCAUAUUAAUAUACAAAAAAAUAUUAUAUAAUCCUAAAUGAGCAAAUAUAUAUUUUCAGAUCAAGAAGCUUCAUUCCAGGGCAAAUCACACAAUAGAUGAGUGAGGAACAAUCAUAGAAUAUCUAGCUUUAAUAAAAGGAAAGGGGUGAAUAAACAGGUAAACAAAUCUGCAAUUUUAAAGGUUUAGUAUUGAAAAUAACAAUAAAGGCACCUAUUUACAAUUGUUUAAUCCCAAUAAAACACUGAUUAUCAAUCAACUACCAUAAAAUGCACCUUAAUAAGGAUUGUGUUGUCUAUAUUUGAACCGUUCCAUAUUUAUUGCAGUUGCUCAAAGAAGUGGACUCUGGUCAUUUAUUAUCAGUAGCGUUCAUUUAUACUCUCAUUUCUGUUUUUUAACCACAUGUCUAUCUUGUUGUGAAUUUAUCUUUUGAUUUAGAUGUUUUAAUUCAUCAAUGUCAUUUUGAAAUUAUAUAAACAGGUUUAAAAUGAAAAAAAUAGCACUUUAUACCUCAAGUUAUAGCUUUGCUGAACAAUUUUAAUAAAUGUCUCAAAUGUAUCAUGUUUAUUGUACAUCUGAAUCAUCCUGACUUACUGUGACAUCUUAAGAGCUGCAUUUUUAGUUACAAAUACACUAGAAAUUGGGACAUAUUUUAAUAUUUUAUUUGUCUGUGUUAUUACACUUAUAAAAUGUAUUACAGUUAACAGGGUGUGUUUGAAUGAGGACACACAAUUUGUGUUAAAAACCCCAGUAUGAAAGAAGAUGUUCAUGCCAUUGAAUUCCUGCUUAAAUAAAUAAAUACAUGAAAGAAAGCA